AUGCAGAAUUUGGUUCUCUCAAACUUCUUUUGCUCAGAUAUCUGGCUUGUCCUCGUCUCUCCAAAUCUGACAUUUACACAUCGCCAAAAACAAAAUGGAACUCUAAUGGAGAUGAAAUGCUCUGAUGAGAAACGCCGUCUCUUUUCUGAAUCAUCAGUUAAUUAUUUUGUUGAAUUAAUUGAAGUACAAAUACGUCGACUAUUGGAUUCUGGCUGUGCACAGAUUAUUGAAACUCCUGUUUUGGAUUUUCUCAAAACUGAGGUUUUUCAAAAUGAACCGCUCAUUGGAGUAUUUGAACAACAUGACCUGCCUACUUUGGAAUAUCUACGAGCUAUUGUGGUUAAACUUGUUCGUUAUCGUGAUGAAUACCAGAAUAAAUGUAAAAAGAUACAAAAACACCAAUCAAGCACAUUCUGGGCACUUUUCUUUCGUUGGAUAUUUAAUAUAACAGAAACUCCACCAAUUGAUAUGCAAUUAUUGGAACGUCAAAUAAUUGAAAUUCAAAGAUUAAUUAAUUGGUUAAUUGAAAAAAUGGGUGGAAGAAGAAAAAUUUUUAGAGAAGAAAGUGAAAUUAGUAGUUUAUUUCAAUCUAAAGAAGAAAUUAAACCUUCACAACACUCCUUACUUCGUCCAGAGGAUCCAGAACAUUCGGUUGAUCCAUGGACAAAAAUGCUAUUUUUAACACCACAUGGACGUUUACAGGUACUUGAACGUCAGGCACGUUUUGACUAUUCCAAAUAUUCUCGUCAAAUAGCUGACACAUUUCCAGCUAUUGGAUAUUGGGAUAUUGGUCCUUUAGCUCGAUGGCUGCACAGAUUGAGUAUUCGUUGGACUAAUAGUGGAUUAGUGCAAUAUCUACGUCAACAUAAACAAGACUCAGCAAUUACUCGGAUUGCAGCUAAAGCUUUACUUAGCGGCCCAUCACCUCCACGUUAUGUGCCUGUAUUUGCUCGUUUAGUACCCAAACAACAAUCAACUUUGAAUCUUCGUCAAUUUGCACGUUUACCAAUGCUAAUUUAUAUUGUUUUUGCUUUCUUCUUUUUUAUAAUGUUUAUUUACAAAUAUUUCCUUUGA